AUCGGAAAGAAAUCGUCUGAAUGUAAAGGAAGUGUCCCCUUUGACGUGCUUGAGCAGUUCUCCCUUGCAUACUCGCAGAAUGCCUCCCGAGAGCUUUACUGUCCUCCACAUUGGAGAUGACAUUAAAUAUAAUCCAGACCUCUACAAAACGUUCUCUUCUAAAUUUAAGAUCAUACAACCCUCCUUAGAAGAGCGACACCGUUCGAAUUUCAUUUCUGCUCUCAAGGAGAAACGAUGGGGUGACUUUCACGCCGUUUUCCGUCCAUUUUGGAACUCUGGCGGAGAAAUGGGUCGCUGGGAUCAGGCAGAACUGGUCCCUCACCUGCCAAAAACCUGCAAAAUCUUCGCCUCGGCUGGUGCAGGAUACGAUUGGGCAGAUAUACCGACACUCAGCUCGCAUGGAAUAGUCUACUGUAACGGCGCCCGUGCUUCCAGCGAGGCAGUCGCUGACAUGGCAAUCUGGCACCUUCUCUCGGUGUUCCGGAACUUGAUAUGGUCUGCUGAGGCCGCAAAGUCAGGAGACGUCGAGCAGUUCAAAGAUGCACACAAGAACCAGAAAGAGACGGCUUACAAUCCGCGAGGCCAUACUGUUGGGAUCAUUGGCCUUGGUAACAUCGGUUACACAAUUGCGGAGAAGGCGUUCCGCGGAUUCGGAAUGAAGGUACUGUAUCACGAUAUCGUUCGCAAGUCGGAGGUCCAGGAGUCCGCAGUGCAAGCGACAUAUUAUCCAGAAUUGGACGAGAUGCUCGCGGUUGCCGAUUGUGUUGUGCUUGCAACGCCGUUCUUUGGAUCUAUACUUAUCACCACAGAGCGUCUUGCUAAGUUCAAACGUGGAAGUCGGUUCGUCAACAUUGCGCGGGGCACGCUGGUGGACGAAGAUGCUCUAGUUAGUGCUUUGAAAUCCGGACACAUCUUCGCAGCUGGGCUGGACGUCCAUGCCAACGAGCCUCAUGUUCAUCAGGAGCUUACGAAGAUGCGCAAUGUGACACUGACCUGCCACAAUGCUGGCGGCGCAUGGGAUACAGCUAGUGGAUUUGAGAGUCUGGCAAUGGAGAAUAUCGAGGCUUUCCUAUUGAAUGGACAGGCGUUGACGCCGGUGAAUGCGCACUUGAUCGAAAUGAAUAAGUAG